UCCCCUUCCUCCCCCCCCUCCCCCUCUCUCUCGACACCUGGCCGCCGCCUGACGUUUCCAGGGGGAAUCUUUUACACUGUGACAGCCCCAGUGAAAGGAGGGCCCCGGCUCGGCCCCGGGCUGCGCGGCAGAGAGUCUUACACGCCCACCUUCAUGCGGAGAUAAAGCGGCCAUCGGUGCCGAGAGAUUACUCAACCAAAGACGUAAGCGGAUUUGAACCACUUGUAUUGGAGGGAUCACGUCUCAUAGGUGCUUCCUGCUUAGAAACAUUUAUUUCAGUCAGUUGUGUGUUGCAGCUGAACUGCUUGUACAAGUAUUUUGGCUGCUCAGUUGCUAUGGGAGAUUGGAAAGCUAUAACCAUGCCAGAACCAUCACCAGAUAGCAAAGAAUUUAUUUUUCGCGAAACAUCCAGGUCAAGAAUGUCUCCCUCUGUCAACUCUGAUUCAGUAUUGCAAUAUUCACUGCCUGAAUCUCCUAAUGUUAGCAACAAUUUUGGUUCAUUUUGCACAAAUGGGAAUGUGGAGCAAUGUAUAUCAUACCUCAAUCAGGAGCUUACUUCCAUGGGUUUGACAUCAUUUUAUAAUGAAGAUGCACAAAAAGAACUAAAUCUGGUGGCCAUUGUAAAUUGCAUGUAUGAUCUGCUUCAGCUUAAUCGCAGAAGCCUCCGUACACUAGAAGAUCUAGAAACCCAACAUCUGAAGUCUAGUAGUGAUCUGGACCAUUUGCAACAUUGCCAACUUAAGCUAAAGGAUCAACUUGAGUCCUCUCAUAGGGAGGUUAAAUCCUUUCAAGAAAAGGACAGGCAGUUGCAACUGAAGAACAGAAGUUUACACAGUUUACUGAAAAGUGAAAAGGAGGAAAUACAGAAAUUACAGAAUAUCAUAGCAAGUCGUGCAACUCAAUACAACCAUGAUAUGAAGAGAAAAGAACGGGAGUACAACAAACUCAAAGAACGUUUGCAUCAACUUGUGAUGGAUAAAAGAGAAAAAAAACUAUCUAUUGAUGUCCUUAACUACUUGGGGCGGUCUGAUGGACGACGCAGUGCAUGGAAGACUGUCAAAACAGAAGCCAGGAAUGAAAACGAAAUGUACCGAGCCAUUAUAAAUAACUAUGAAAGGCAUCAUAAAGAACUGAUGAUAGAAAAUGUGGAGCUAAAACAGGUUCUACAGCAGAUGAAAAAAGAUAUGAUGUCUAUACUUAGCCCUAGAAAACAAAGACCAAAGGAAAACUCAGAAGAUAGCAGUGGCAUAGCUGAAUCAGACAACGAAGAGGAUAUUCGUGAACAAAAUAAAGAGAACACAUUGGAGCUGUCUUGUGAUGUAGUUAGAGAACAACUUACCAAUAGUAUCCGACAGCAAUGGAGAAUGCUGAAAAACCAUGUUGAGAAAUUAGACUCCCAAGCUUCCUUGGUACAAUCUGGCUUUCUGGUUGGUGAUGAAAUAAUAAGCAGAGAGCACUAUGAACAAGAAAUGGAAACACUCAAACUGGAAAUUCAGCAAUGCAGGGAUGUUAUCAAAGCUCAGCAACAGCUUCUACAGCAACAGCUUAAUGUCCAGUGUGAUGAUGAAACAGCUGCACUACUGCGUGAUUGCUAUUUGCUAGAAGAGAAGGAACGAUUGAAAGAAGAAUGGAAAUUAUUUGAUGAUCAGCGAAAGAACUUUGAAAAGGAGAGGAGAAAUUUUACAGAAGCAGCUAUUAGACUAGGGCAUGAGAGGAAAAUAUUUGAGGAAGAUCGAGCAGGUUGGUUAAAACAACAAUUUUUGAACAUGACUCCUUUUGCAGAGAAGAAGAAGCCAAAGAUCAUGAAGCAGCAAAGUUCAGAACAAGAGAAGCAGAAUACGCAAUCACCACCAAAUAUGUCUGUUUACCUUCGACCUAGUACAGUUCCAGCAGCAACACCCGAAACCUCAUCAAAAAUCAGAUUUCCACCGCUAGUCAGUUCAAUGUCCACUGAACCAUAUCGAACGGUGCGCCAUAUUCCAGGAAAUAGCUCAAGACCUCUACCAAAAAGGGGAAAUAAUGGUGGCAUUUACGAUAAAAGAAACAAUUGUGGAACACCAAGUGAGAAAUGGAGAAACCCAGCAAAAUCAACUUCAUCUCAUGAUUAUUAUGAUGCAUCAUCUCCCAUGUUUUUAAAACAUUCAUGGGAUGAGGAUUUCAAUGAAAACUCUCAACAAACUGGAGCUGAGCCUAACCUCAAGUGACUAUAUUUGUACAAGACCAAAACAGUGCCACAUUUUGAUUGUUUUGAAGUUCAAAGAAUGUAGGGAAUUGCAUUUCAAAUAAUGCAGGAACAUUUAAAAUGUGGCAUUUGUAUUGAUUACUUCAUGUAGCACUUUGAAUGCGAGUGGAACUGUUGGUUGUUGUAAUUAUAAUCUAUGAUUUUGAUUUUCUACAAAUGCACUAUGCGUAUGAUUGGGUUUGAGGAAUUGGUUUUAAGGGGAGGUAUUUUUUGCUAUAGAUAAUUUAAGUCUGGGUGCAAAUUCAUUUAUCAUUUAUACAUUUGUUUACCUAGAUUGUUUUUAUCACUACUACAGUGAUCAGGUUUUCAGAGAAUGUGUCUACUGAAGAAAUUUGCACACUUCAAAAUUACCACUACAUGCAGUCUUUGCUGAACUUAAUUACUUUAGAGAAUUUUAAUUUUUUAAGAAAAAUUGUAACUCAUGAAUUUUUGUCUUUGGAAGACAUGAUUUUAAUAAAGUGAGUUAAUUGCA